AGGGGAUUCCUUGUUUGAGUUUCUGUGGCCGUGGAUGCACGAAGUUAUCUGGCCAAGAGCAUCCUGGGCCGACUGUGAACUUGACUGGCUGACAGGUCCCUGGCUACCCGGACUGAGCCAAGCCGGCUUCAGUCCCUCUCACAUAAGGGAAAUCUAUCUACCCGACUUUUUGUGCCAGGCCAGGAAGUCGCCGGCCACUCGCGGUUCGUGCUGGGGAAGAGCUGAGGAGGCCGUGUCCCUGCGAACAGCUCACAGCUCAGCCCUGGUACCGUUUGGUCCUGGUGCCUGCACCCGCCUCUAAGGCGGGCGCGGCGGGGACGCUGCCUCUGGCACGGGUCACUCCUCACAGCUCACGGUCCUCCACGCCCAGGCGGUGCACACGAAACCCGGCGCGGGAUGGCCAGCAGGUUCGGGACAGCUUCGUGUUGGGGAUUAUUGUCAUUCAUGGAUGUAUCUGUGGAGUUCACUUGGGAGGAAUGGCAGUUACUGGAUCCUACACAGAAGUACCUCUAUAGGGAUGUGAUAUUGGAAAACUACAACAACCUGGUAUCAGUGGGCUAUCAUGACACCAAACCUGAUUUAGUCUUCAAGUUGGAGCAAGGGGAAGAGCCAUGGAUAGUAAACACCAAAGUUUCCUGUCAGAGCUGUCCAGGCUGGGAAGAAUGGUACCAGAAAGAUCAAGAUGAACUUGAAAGUAUUGAGAGAAGUUAUGCUUAUAAUGUGUUUGAAAAACUUCAUCUGAGCAAAACCCAUCUUUCUUCAAUACAAAGACUCCAUAAGUAUAACAUACAUGGAAAAAGUUUGACACAAUACUCAGGUUCAAGCAGAAGCUGUGUAAGAAAGAAUCCUGAUAAGUUCCAUGGCUAUGAAGAACCAUAUUUUCUUAAGCAUCGACCAGCCCAUAACAUAGAAAAAAACUGUGUCUGUAGUGAAUGUGGGAAAGCUUUUCGUUGUAAAUCACAGCUUAUUGUACAUCUCAGAAUUCAUACAGGGGAGCGACCUUAUGAAUGCACUAAAUGCGAAAGAGCCUUCAGUGCCAAGUCAAACCUUAAUGCUCAUCAGAGAGUUCAUACAGGAGAAAAACCCUAUUCAUGUAGUGAGUGUGAGAAAGUUUUCUCUUUCAGGUCUCAGCUCAUUGUCCAUCAGGAAAUUCACACAGGAGGGAAGCCCUAUGGUUGCAGCGAAUGUGGGAAAGCAUAUAGUUGGAAAUCACAGCUUAUUUUACAUCAGAGAAGUCACACAGGAUUGAAACCCUAUGAAUGUAGUGAAUGUGGGAAGGCCUUUAGUUUGAAGUCACCAUUUGUUGUACACCAAAGAACUCAUACAGGAGUGAAGCCCCACAAAUGCAAUGAGUGUGGGAAAGCCUUUAGGAGUAAGUCCUACCUCCUUGUUCACAUCAGAAUGCACACAGGAGAGAAGCCCUAUCAGUGCAGUGAUUGUGGGAAAGCCUUCAAUAUGAAGACACAACUCAUGGUCCAUCAGGGAGUUCACACAGGAAAUAAUCCUUAUCAAUGCAGUGAAUGUGGGAAGGCCUUUGGUAGGAAGGAACAGCUCACUGCACACCUGAGAGCUCACGCAGGAGAGAAGCCUUACGGAUGCAGCGAAUGUGGGAAGGCUUUCAGUAGCAAGUCAUACCUUGUCAUACAUAGGAGAACACACACAGGGGAGAGGCCCUAUGAAUGUAGUUUUUGUGAGAGAGCCUUUUGUGGGAAAUCACAGCUCAUUAUACAUCAGAGAACUCACUCAACAGAGAAACCCUAUGAAUGCAGUGAAUGUGAAAAAGCCUAUCCUAGGAAGGCAUCACUUCAGAUACACCAGAAAACUCAUUCAGGAGAGAAACCUUUCAAAUGCAGUGAGUGUGGAAAAGCAUUCACUCAGAAGUCAUCUCUCAGUGAACACCAGAGAGUUCAUACAGGAGAGAAACCGUGGAAAUGCUCUGAAUGUGGGAAAUCCUUCUGUUGGAAUUCAGGACUUCGUAUACAUCGGAAAACUCACAAAUGAGAAAUCAGAAUGAUGAAGUAAAUGUGAGAAGCAAAGCUGAUGCUCAGAGUUCAGGUGAUAAUAAUAUAGACAGAAUUUAUAAGUAGGAAGUGUUAAAAUAGCAUUCAUGUCAAAAAAAGUCUUAUAGGAAGAGAGAUCAAUCUUAUUUGGAGUGAGUAUGCAAAAGCUUUCAGAAAUAACUCAAAAAUCUUUGUAGACAAGAGAAUAAUUGAAAGAAUGAGGAAUAAUAAAUGUAUCAAGUAUGUAGCAUCAUUACAAAGAUUCAGAGAAUUCAUGGUGAGAACACUUUAUAAAUUUAACAGAUCAGGAAAGCAUUUCCCCAUAGAAGGUGUUACAUAGAAAGUCACAUUCUAAAUUUGAAGCUGUGUUUUUGUAAAAUAUUGAUUAUAAAUAGUAGGCU